UUUCUCCCCCCUUUUUUCAGCGAUCGUGAACGUGAACGUGAACGUGACCGUCGCGACCGAUCCCGGGAUCGUGAGCGCAGGAGAUCCCGAUCCCGAGAGCGCCGGCGUCGAACCCGCAGCCGGGAAAAGGACGAGAGGGAACGGAGCAAACGGGGAGGCAGCAGGGAGAGAAGCAAGGAACGGGACAGGAAACGGCGCAGCCGAUCCAGAGAGAGGAAAAGGGAACGGGAGAGGGAGAGGGAAAGGAAAGAUGAAGGUCCGGAUGGCCCCGAUGGGGGAGGAGCGGAGGAUAUGGGGGGGGGUCCGCAAGAUUUGGGGUCCGGGGGGGACGCGGAGGAUAAAGGACGGGAUCGGGAACGGCGCCGCGGGCACCGGGAGAGGGAAAGGAGGAGGGAGAGGGAAAGGGAGCAUAAAAGGGAGAGGGAGAGGCCGGAGAGGCGUGAGGAGAGGGGGGGGCCCGACGGGGGGGAGGCGAUGGGGGAACCCCCCCACUUCAUGGAGCCGCCCCCCCACGCCCCUUCCAUGCCCCCCCCCGAUGGGUAUCUGGGUCCUGAGAAUGGCUUCAUGUUGGAGCCCCCCAUGGAGUGACCCCAAUAAAGGCUGUUGGAGAGAGA